AUGCACGGGCCAGAGUCUAAGAGACUCCAGGAGGAACUGGAGGCCGAGGUCAAGAAGGUUAAGAAGGACUUGAGACUCCAACAGAAGGACUUCCAUUCCUUCAGUAUUCGUUUGCAAAUCCAGGAGGAAGACAACCAGAAGAUCACAGAGGAGCUGAGUCAUAAGUGCAACAAGAUUAACGAGGAGAUGAAAUUAGCCGUCCAUCAAAGGGAUCACGUGAUCGCCAGGGUCAUGGCGGAGAAAACGGCGCUGGACGAGAGAAACAAGGAGCUCACGGCCAUUGCGACAAAAGUUAUCCAGAGGUGUCAGUUAGAGAUCAACGCUCUGGGGGACAAUCUGAGACGUGAGCAGGUGGAGAAGGAGGCCGGCUUCGAGAGAAUAAAGGAGCUGGAGAGACUGGUCGAGGCCACGGAAGAAAACUGGGUGAACAAGCACCAGGCCAUUAUUCUCAAAAAGGAUCUUUUGAUCGGCACCGCCAUCAGUAAAGUUUUGUCACAGGAAGUAAGCAACCGGGAGCUAAAGUCCAGGAUGCAAGCCAUCGGGAGCGCAGUCCUACAGAGCCACAUCGAAUCAUCUCCACUGAUUUUAAUCUUAAUCCUUUUUGUUCCUCCAGGCUGGACCGAAGCUUCCUCUCUUCACUACUCGGACGCCCGCUCCAGCCGUCUCUCCCUGGAGAAAACCUUCGGCCGGUCGCUCAGAGACUCCCAGUGCCAGCACAUGCUGAAGCACCUUCACAACGGAGCCAGGAUCACUGUGCAGAUGCCUCCUAGUGUGGAGGGUCACUGGGUGUCCACCAGCUGUGAGGUGAGACCAGGGCCGGAGUUCCUGACGCGCUCCUACAGUUUCUACCCCAACAACACCUUCCAGGCUCACCAGUUCUACUACGAGGACAACCACUGCAAUAAGCCCACCUACACUCUGCUGAUCCGAGGUCGUCUCCGCCUACGUCAGGCCUCCUGGAUCAUCCGCGGCGGCACCGAGGCCGAGUACCACCUCCACCGCGUCCAGAUGGUCUGUCACACAGCCACCGUGGCCAAAGAGCUCAGCCAGAGGCUCAACCAGAGCUGCCGGGGGGCGGUGAGGGGCCCCUGGGAGCCCGGGAAGAUCUACGAGCUGUGGAGCGAAGAGGGCGGCCACGACUGCUCCAGGGAGCUCAACUUCGCCAUGCACGAGCUGCAGCUGCUCAGGGUGGAGAAGCAGUACCUGCAUCACAACCUGGACCACCUGGUGGAGGAGCUGUUCCUGGGAGACAUCCACACGGAGCCGUCACAGAGGCUCUACUACAAACCCUCCAGCUACCAGAUGGCCCUGCAGAACGCCAAGAACCACGACCACGGCUGCAUCGCCUGCCGCAUCAUCUUCCGCUCCGACGAGCUGCACCCCCCCAUCCUGCCGCCGCGGGCCGACCUCACCGUGGGCCUGUACGGACAGUGGGUGAGUCAGCGCUGCGAGGUGCGGCCCGAGGUCCUCUUCCUCACCCGCCACUUCAUCUUCCACGACAACAACCACACGUGGGAGGGCCACUACUUCCACUACUCCGACCCGGUCUGCAAACACCCGACCUUCACCAUCUACGCCCGAGGUCGCUACAGCCGGGGGCUUCACUCCACCCGGGUCAGGGGCGGGACGGACUUUGUCUUCAAAGUGAACCACAUGAGAGUGACGCCCAUGGACCUGGCCACCACGUCCCUCCUCAACGUCUUCAACGGCAACGAGUGUGGCGCUCAGGGCUCCUGGCAGGUGGGGGUGCAGCAGGACGUGACCAUCACCAACGGCUGCGUGGCGCUGGGCAUCCGGCUCCCCCACACCGAGUACGAGCUCUUCCGCAUGGAGCAGGAUGCCCACGGCCGCUACCUGCUCUACAACGGCCAGCGGCCCAGCGACGGCUCCAGCCCGGACCGGCCGGAGAAGCGGGCCACGUCCUACCAGAUGCCCCUGGUGCAGUGCUCGGCCAGCAGCCAGCCGUCCGACUACAGCCGGGGGGGCGAGGACGACAGGCCUCUGCAGCACAGUGACUCCCCGGGACGGCACGCAGGAAGCCGGAGAAACGCCGCCGUGGCGUUGGGUUCGUUGGUCGUGUCCGUGCUGCUCGUCUGGCAGAGCUAG